AAAGGCAGCAAGGUCAAAGAUAAAGCACGGAACCGUUUGGACAAGCAACUCGGAGGAGACUUCGAUUUCAAUUAAGCUCCAUAUGUCUUCCCCUGAAAUUGUUUCCCUCUUCUGGGGACAAAUGAAAGUAGAAGGCUCUACUAAAACCUAUAAGGACUGCAAAGUGUGGCCAGGGGGCAGUCGGGCUUGGGAUUGGAGAGAAACAGGAACUGAGCAUUCUCCUGGUGUGCAGCCUGCAGAUGUGGAGGAAGUCGUCAAGAAGGGUGUGCAGACUCUUGUGAUCGGCCGAGGCAUGAGUGAGGCCUUGAAGGUGCCUCCAUCAACUGUGGAGUACCUCGAGAAACAAGGCAUUGAUGUGCGAGUCCUCCAGACACAGCAGGCAGUGAAGGAGUAUAAUGCCUUGGUUGCCCAAGGAGUCAGAGUGGGAGGUGUUUUCCAUUCCACCUGCUGAUGGAGCUUUAAGAGGAGAAUAAACCACUAAGCAAUGAUGCCUGCGACUAUCACUCUUAUCACUCUCCACACCAGCCUCCCACAAGCAUUUUUGAACACCUACUUAUGCCAGGUCCUGUGCUAAACUCUUGGGAUACACAGAUGACUAGGGCAAGUUCCGCUCCGGGGGCGGGGAGGGGGGUGGCUGGUAAUCAGGAGAGGAGUCAGAUGUUUACCCAAGUUUAAUGAUGUAAAUGUUGGGCUGGAAGUAUGAGAAACUAAAGGCAAAAAUAAAGAAAGCUUUCUGCCUUGAAGACUGAAGAAAAGUUUUAGUACAUUAAAAUCA